GUACGCUAAUGCACAUACUGAGUAUAAAAUGAGGAUCUACAACAGAAAAGAGUCAUCUCUUCAUUGACAUAGCGAAUUUUACUAAUAUCUCAACCAAAUAUGGAGGCCAAGUUGGUCGCAGUAUGUGUGUUUUCGACAUACUUAGUGGGAACAGUCGGGCGACCUUGUGCCGCCAACCUGAAAGAGUACGUGUACGUCCGGUAUGGCCAAUACCAAGAACUGCAGUGUUGUGAUCUAGACAAUGCCGAACUAUUAGACACCCUCUGGUAUAAAUAUGACGAAGAAUCUCAGUCAUGGGAACUUCUAGAGCCGGAUAUAUCCGACAUUCUAUUUUUGGAACGUAAUGCCACUAUUGCAUUCAAGCAUGCGGAUUUUACCGACACUGGACGAUUUAAAUGCGCGCGCACUGCCGGAAAUUUAAUCCAACCAUACGACUCCGGGAUAGAGGUCGAUGUUAAAGUCGUCGCAUGUGACCAGCUAGCGCGUGGUCCGUUCCCAAUAGCGCCAUUGCCCUGCGGUGUGACGUCAGCAAAAGUGGGUGAUCACGUGACGAUCCCCUGCACCGGAUAUUUCGGUUGCGAUCAAGAUGACGUCAGAUUCGUGACAUGGUUCAUGAAAGCCAAUGCGAGCGACAACAGCUCGUGGGCACAAAUUUCUGAAGCAGACGACAGAAUCACGCAAACACAAAUCGAUAGUCAUGACGGCGUAUUUGCGUCAAAUUUGACCGUCUCCAACGUCGAAGCUCAGGACAAAGAGCUUGAGUUUAUGUGCAUCCUCUACUCUACACAGUACAUCGAGGGUCAGUCGAAAGUGUUCACGUCACUCUACGUGAUGAACGAUAAGGAGGCAGAGACGGGCGCUUCAAUGCUACUUUCAGUAAUUACCAUAGCUACAACAGCAGCGCCAGUCGUCGCGAUGACGUCACUAGCAAUUUGUUUAUGCCACCUCAGAGCGAGGCGGAAGUUGCAAACUGCGUCAGACGUAAACGUAAAUGACGACACACGGUUCAUAAACAGACGGGACGUCACUAAUGACGCAGUUAAGCCGAGUCUUGUUUGAUCAGUGACUGAUCAAAGUUUUUUUUUUAUAACAAAACUCGUAGGACAAUUUUAAGUUACGACGCAACUGUGCAGUGUAGAUCAUAGUCUCUUAAUAUGAUCUGGAUGAACCUUAUUUGCAUUUAUUGAACGGAUUUGUGUUGUCUCAUUGUGAUUUUAAUCUGUAAGCGAGUGCUAUUUUUUAGGCUUGAACACGUAAUAUAUUAAUAACACAAUGAUAUAUACACACGAAAUGUAAUUAAAUGUGUUCCUAGUCUUUUCUUUGUCAUUUGUUAUAAAAGCCUAGUUUUGGGAAAACCGGGCGUAAUGCAUGUGCGUAUAUAGUCAUCCUUGAAUUGCCUGUGCGAACCGUACAGGCUUAACUAGUACGACACUUGCGCACAUGCAUUAAGCCCAGUUUUUCCAGAACGUGGCUUACAUAAGGGUGUAUUGAUGUACAUGUUUGUAUUUGUCAUUGUUUGUUUAAUUGUUUCUACAUUGAUUGUCCAAAUUGUAAAUUUCUCUUCAUAAACAUUUUGCCUAUGUUUAUGGAUAUCUAUAUAUGUUAAUAUAUCACGGUACAUGUUGCUAUUCUUCGUCCAUAAUAUGUCGAAUGUUUAUUUGAAGAAGAUAUGUUUACAUGUUUAUACAUUUUAUACAAUAAAACAUA